UCGCCAGCAACGGAUUAUUCAGAUUCCCGAACCUGAAGAAGCUCCUCCCUUCACUCGCUCCCCGCACCAAUGGCCAAACCUCGGCCCUGCGUUGUGCCGUGCUGCCAGGGAGAACGAUUCGAGCUGGUGCACAAGUUCCCGUCGGACCGAGAGCGGGCGGAACAGUGGAAGCUGAUUCUGGGGAUUCAGGAGCUGGAACAUCUGGACGUGGACGCGAUCCGGGGCAAGCACUUUGUUUGUUCGCGACACUUCCGCGACUCGGACUACAAGAACAAACUUUCGCGCAGUUUGAACGUGACGGCAAAUCCGUCGCUCAAUCUGAACGGUCUGUGGCAUCCGGAGGGACUGAACCGGGUUAUUCCGCCCAUGGCAAGGCCUGGGAUAUCUGCCGAGAGGAUGUCGCAGGAGCAGAAGAUUGAGGAACCGAUGGGGAAUGUGGUUACGGUCAGUCUAGAAGUUCAACCCGGCCACGACAUGCAGGUUCUGGACCAGGAGUCGAACAUGAUGUGCAUCUACAAUACCGUGACCGAAAGUGUCGAGGAUUCUGUCCAGCAGCAGUCGUCCGUGCAACAGAUCGACAUCAUCGAGAUUCCAACGCCGACGCCAAAGCCGUUACCGGCCGGUCAAGCUCAAAAGCGAACCCUUUCGGUGAAAUCCCUCGCCGGCAGCACCCCGGCCAAAAUCUUCAAAGUCCGGAACAAUGCCGAAUCCGACGACGUGACCGUGCUGAAGGGCCAAGCCAGGCAGGAACUCAUCCUGCGCAAAAUCAAGCUGGCCACAUCUCCCCAGAAGCCCUCGUUCCGAUUGACGCCCCCAACCCGAACCGUGCCGGCAACGGUUUCAACGGAAACGCAAACGGACGCGGAGACGGAAUCGUCAUCAGUGGAAAGGCUUGAACAACCGUCGGACGCGCAGCUGCAAGUGCUGGACGUGUCCGCGGAGGACAAGACGACCAAAAUGACCAAGGUGCUGGCCCUGCUCGAGUGUACGCCGGAGAAUUUGGCCAAAUUGCAGCGGAAGAUGGGUGGUGCGGACGGCGGAGCGAUCCCGUUCGACGAAAAGCUGUUCCAGGAGAUUGCCCAGGGCGAGGACGAUAAAGCAGCUGAGAUGAAGCAAACGGCCGUUGACGAACGAUACUUCCUGACGCUGGUGCGGCCCGGCCAGGAGGAACCGGUGCCGGUGAGUUACAUCUGGCUGCGGGAUCACUGCCGGUGCAACGAGUGCUACAACCACGAGACCUUCCAGCGGACGCUUUCGGUGCUGGACAUUCCGGACGAUGUGGCGCCGGAAAGUUACGAGGUUCGCGACGGCAGUUUGAACGUGCUUUGGAAGGACGGCCACCGGUCGGCGUACGAGUUGAGCUUUGUGUUUGACAGUCUGUUCGAGUCGCACCGGGAAGCGACUCUGCAGGAGCAGCUGCGACCGGUUCUGUGGGACCGGGAGUUUAUCAGCGAUUGUCCGGACUACUGCCGGGUCAAGCUGAACGAGCUGCUUUGUGACGAUGAAGUCGUGGACAAGUUGGUGUCCAGUUUGGUCACGUACGGCGUGGCGUUCAUCGAAAAGGUGCCCGCCAACACGCAAAGCACCGAGAUGGCCAUCAAACGGAUCUUCCCGAUUCACAAGACCUUCUUCGGCGAGAUGUGGACCUUCACCGACAACCUGGACCACUCGGACACGUCGUACACCAAGGCGUACCUGGGACCGCACACGGACAACACGUACUUUAGCGAAGCGGCCGCCAUCCAAGUGCUGCACUGCAUCCAGUUCAACGGAACCGGCGGCGAAACGAUCCUCAUCGAUGGCUUCAAGGCCGCCGAACAGUACAAACUCAAAAACCCGGAAGCCUACGAACGUCUCACCAAGGUCCCGCUGUCCUGCGAGUACAUCGAGCACGGCCAAUACCACGUGGACACGACCCCGGUUCUCAAAACCAACAUCCUCACCGGCGAGCUGGAACAGAUCCGCGUCAACACGUACGACCGCUCGAUCAUGAAGACGAUCCCCCAGCAGCAAAUGCCCCAAUUCUACGCCGACUACAAGGGCCUCGUCGCGGAAAUCAACGAUCCGGCCAACGCGUGGCAAUUCUCGCUCCGGCCCGGCACCGUGAUGCUGUUCAACAACUGGCGCCUGCUGCACGGACGGAUGGCCUACACCGGCAAGCGUGUCAUGACCGGUUGCUACGUGGCCCGGACGGACUUCCAGAGUGUGGCGCGAACGCUCGGCAUUAUCUCGUGAAGGCUAAUCGGCAGAAAUAAUGCGUUUGUUGAAAGAAUGAA